AUGGUUACUUCUGCCACGAUCUUACAGGUGAACAAGGUGAUGUCCAUCUUGUUUUAUGUGAUAUUUCUUGCUUAUCUCCGUGGCAUCCAAGGUAACAACAUGGAUCAAAGGAGUUUGCCAGAAGACUCACUAAAUUCCCUGAUUAUUAAAUUGAUCCAGGCAGAUAUUUUGAAAAACAAGCUUUCCAAGCAGAUGGUGGACGUUAAGGAGAACUACCAGAGCACGCUGCCCAAAGCAGAGGCCCCCCGAGAGCCGGAACAGGGCGAGCCCGCCAAGUCAGAGUUCCAGCCAAUGAUUGCAAUGGACACGGAAUUGCUGCGGCAACAGAGACGCUACAACUCCCCCCGGGUCCUGCUGAGCGAUAGCACCCCCUUGGAGCCCCCUCCCUUGUAUCUCAUGGAGGAUUACGUGGGCAACCCCGAGGUGUCGAACAGAACAUCACGGCGGAAGAGGUACGCAGAGCACAAGAGUCACCGAGGGGAGUACUCCGUGUGUGACAGCGAGAGUCUGUGGGUGACAGACAAGUCAUCAGCCAUCGACAUUCGGGGACACCAGGUCACGGUGCUGGGGGAGAUCAAAACCGGCAACUCUCCUGUCAAACAAUAUUUUUAUGAGACGAGAUGUAAAGAAGCCAGGCCUGUCAAAAACGGUUGCAGGGGGAUUGAUGAUAAACACUGGAACUCUCAGUGCAAAACAUCCCAAACCUAUGUCCGAGCACUGACGUCAGAAAACAAUAAACUCGUAGGCUGGCGAUGGAUACGGAUAGACACCUCCUGUGUGUGUGCCUUGUCAAGAAAGAUCGGAAGAACAUAG